AUGUCGCAAUCAUUGAAACCAUACUUGACAGCAGUAAGGUCCUCCCUCACAGCAGCAAUCUGUCUUCAGGAUUUCCUGUCCCAACUUGUUGAACGUCACAACCGUCCUGAGAUAGAAGUGGACAACACACAUAAUCCGGAAUUGAUUCUCAAUCCAAUGCAUAUAGCUCGUAAUGAGAAUGAGCAAAUCUUAAUUGAACCUAGUAUUAACUCUGUAAGAGUGAGUAUCAAAAUUAAGCAAGCAGACGAAAUAGAGCAGAUAUUGGUACAUAAAUUCACGCGAUUCUUGACUUCAAGAGCCGAAAACUUUUUUAUAUUAAGAAGGGUGCCUAUCAAGGGGUACGAUAUCAGUUUCUUGAUUACAAACUUUCACACAGAACUGAUGUUGAAGGAUAAAUUGGUAGACUUUAUAAUUGAGUUUAUGGAGGAUGUUGAUAAGGAAAUUAGUGAAAUGAAAUUAUUUUUAAAUGCCAGAGCCAGAGUUAUUGCCGAAAGUUUCUUAAUACCUUUUGACUAG